AUGGUCAUCUUGUCCCGCGGGGGAUGUGGUCUGUCCAAGUGCAUCACUCGCUACCUGGUCUCCAUGGCCGCCGCGGACCUCAUGGUCAUCGUCAACGGUGUGGUACUGAACCGAGUCCGGGCCAACUUUCCCGCCGGCUCCUUCCUGGACCUCACGCCCGUCCACGGCUUCAGGCUGGUCUUGCUUCAAGCGUCCACCGACGUCUCCGUCUGGCUCACCGUCUCGUUCACCUUCGAUCGCUUCCUGGCCAUCUGCUGCCGGACCCUCGCAGCCCAGUGCGGCCGAGCGAGGGGGGCAGUGGUGGCCAUUGCUUCGGUCAAUGCCUUCUUCUGCUUGAAGAACAUUCCCAUGUACUUCACCUGUGAAGCCAGUUACGUUGUUGGCGACGUGCGAUGGGGCUGCGCUCUGGUCGCUGACUAUUACACCUCGUGGGCGUGGGCCGUGUAUGACUGGGUUCACAACGUCUUGACCCCCUUUCUCCCCUGUCUCCUCAUUCUCCUGCUCAACGCCAUGACCGUCAGGCACAUCGUCGUGGCCAGCCGAGCCCGCGGGAGGCUCCGAGGCCACGGCAACGGGGGGAAGGAGAAAGACCCAGAGAUGGAGAGCAGGAGGAGGUCCAUCGUUUUGCUCUUCAGCAUCUCAGGCAGUUUCGUCCUGUUGUGGAUGACCUACAUGGCGCAGGUUGUGUAUUACCGAACCGUGACCAGCGACUACGCAGCCUCUCGGCUCAUCUUCAAGGAAGUCGGUUACAUGCUCCUCUUCCUCAGCUGCUGCACCAACACGUGCAUUUAUACAGUGACGCAGAGGCUGUUCCGACAGAAGCUCUUUAAGAUGGCGACAUACCCAUUCAGUCGUUUCAUUAAAUAA